GUUCCCGCACAUUCAUAACCCUAAAUUCUCUCUGUAUAUGUGUUUUUCUGUCCCAACUCCUAACGUUCCAUCAAUGGCAGAAGAUGAGGCCAUCGAUCCGAUCCGACCCGAAUUCCCCACAGGAAGGGUUAAAAAGAUCAUGAAACUGGACAAGGACAUCAACAAGAUCAACUCAGAGGCCUUAUUCAUCGUCUCAUGUUCCACAGACCUUUUCCUCCGAUUCCUCGCCGAGCGAUCGGCCGAAGUCGCUACAGAGAAGAAAAAGAAGACGGUGAAGCUCGAGCACCUCAGAACCGCCGUUAAAAGGCAUAGACCAACGAGCGAUUUCCUUCUCGACUCGCUUCCUAUGCCAGCCGAGUCAACACAGUCCGUUGCGCGCACGGUGACCGAUCGAGAGCGUUCCCGGCCCGUUGCUGAUAAACCCGCCGCGGCAGGAACUCGCCGCAUUGACCAUUUCUUUCGUAAGCCAGGAAAUGAAGCUCCGAUUCAGAUAAACGAUGCAUAGCUCUUCUUUUUUAUUAACAAAAUUUGUA